CAGUUACUGGUACCCUGUCUUACUGAUCUUAAAUGUAAUGUAAAUACAUGAUAAUAAUAACAUACGAGAACUUUACGUUGCAAUGCACCUUAAUCUCGACUACUAAUAAAAUUCCUCCCUGUAUUUUAUUAUGUUAAUACUUGCAAAAACGAUACAUUAAUUAUAUCAGUGUCCCCUAAAUACGCGUGCGAAUGCGAAUUUACCAAAACAAUACUUUUUGGGCAGAGCGGCCUACCGUUUAGAUCAUCUUAGUAUAAUUUUAAAUAAUUAAACCAAAUAAUAAUAAUAAUUAUACAUCUUAUUGCCCUGCCUUCCGUAAAAAUAAUAGACAAACAGUUUUAUUGUUGUUAAUACUUAGAUUUGGUGGAAUAAGUUUAGUGAUGCGUGCGUGUCUAAGUGAUACUGGUCUAGAUCCAAGUGCUUAAGUUACCUUCUAAAAACUACAACUCCAUUGGCAGUUAUAUCCGUACCUAAUUAAAUAUAAGGAAAUAAUAAAUACAAUUAAUUACCUAGGUAUCUGAAAUUUAUUGAAAUUAACAUAACUUGCAAACUAAUAUGCCACCCAGCAGCUCUACAGACGAAGGUCAAGGCUUCAGAGCACUUGAAAAAACCAUUCCAGGUGAAGUGAAGGACCAAGUGUUCAAGAAACUAGAGGCCCCUCAAGCUGCUCCUAGGAAGUAUGAGGUGGUCUACUUCAAUCUACUGACGUUCGGGUUCGCACAUCUAUCCUCGGUCUAUGGACUGUACUUGAUCUUUACUGCUGCCAAAUGGCAGACAAAUGUAUUCACUGCAGUAAUCAUCAUAGCUAGUGGGUUGGGCAUCACCGCCGGCGCCCAUCGGCUCUGGGCCCACAGGACAUACAAAGCGAAGAUGCCGCUACAAAUCAUCCUCAUGAUAUUGAACACUAUGGCCUUCCAAAACACAGCCAUACACUGGGUCAGGGACCAUCGCCUUCACCACAAAUAUAGUGACACAGAUGCCGAUCCCCACAAUGCAACAAGAGGGUUCUUUUACUCCCAUGUCGGGUGGCUGCUGGUGAAGAAACAUCCAGAAGUCAGGAGAUGCGGCAAACUCAUCGACAUGUCCGAUAUUAAGAGCAAUCCUGUGCUUAAAUUUCAAAAAAGAUACGCCAUUCCUCUGGUACUGACAGUGACCUUCAUUCUGCCAGCAGCCAUACCGUGGUACUACUGGGGAGAGACCCUCAACACAUCAUGGCAUGUUGCGGUCAUGUUUCGAUACGUGUACACUUUAAACGUCACGUUCCUGGUAAACAGCGCCGCUCAUUUGUUCGGCUACAAGCCGUAUGACAAAAACAUAAUGCCGGUACAAAACAAGUUUGUUUCUUUAACUGCUUUGGGAGAAGGCUGGCACAACUACCACCACAUCUUCCCGUGGGACUACCGGACAGCUGAACUUGGGAAUAACUCGCUUAAUUUGACGACGCAUUUCAUAGAUUUCUUCGCGAAGAUCGGGUGGGCUUACGACCUGAAGGCGGCGCCUGAAGACAUGAUCAAGACGCGAGCGGCGAGGACGGGCGACGGCUCUCACUGCUGGGGCUGGGGCGACACGGAUCAGGACAAGGAAGAAAGAGAACAAGCGAUCAUCAAGCAUCCGAUCGCAGACUAGGAUUUGUAAGGAACUGAAAGAAAAUCGUGGUUUUAUAUUUUUCUAUAUGGUUUAUUUAUGGGAGAUUAUUAAAUGAAUCAUGCAAAAAAUUUAGAAGAUGAUGACCAAUGCAUCGUUUUUGUAUGGCAUAGGUAUGGAUAAUAUAAAUAAAAUACCGGAUAUGUUUAUGAA